ACUGUGUGUAUGUGUGUGUGUGUGUGUGAGUGUGUGUGGCAAUCAUGGCUUACCAACUAAAACUGGCAGAGAAACUGGUGGUUCUAAACGAGCGGGGAAGAGGAGUGUUAAUCCGCAUGAAUCACAUCAAAAAGACAUGUGCGGAUCCAAAACGACGGCCUGUGUUUCUCACUGAUAAAUCAAUGGAACCUGCAGUAAAGUUCAUCAACAGGAAAUUUCCGAACAUUGACUUCAGAGGAGGAAGUCAGCAACUCAGCAGCAUUCAGAAACAGAAAUCAGCCAUCCUGGAGGCUCUCAGCAGUUUUUAUGAUUCUUUUAUUGAUGUUAUGGAGUUCAGGGAUCAUGUUUAUGAGGUACUGAACACCAUCGACGCCUGCCAGUGCUUCUUUAACAUUGCGGUGAACUUUGACUUCACUAAGAAUUACCUGGACCUGAUCAUCACCUACGCUUCUGUCAUUCUCAUGUUAUCACGCAUUGAUGAUAGAAAACCUCUGAUUGGCAUGUACAACUGUGCAUACGAGCUCUCAAAUGGCAGCAGCGACCCGUCAUUUCCUCGCCUUGGACAAAUGAUCAUUGAGUAUGAAAAUCCUCUAAAAAAACUCACUGAGGAGUUUGGACCACACACCAAGUCAGUGACAGAAGCUCUGGUGUCGCUGCAGUUUGUUUAUCCUCGGAGGAACCUGCAGGUGGAGCAGUGGCGUAGUGCUCAGCUUCUGAGCAUCAUCAACACGCCAGCAGCCAUGAUUAACCCUGAGACCAGUGACACGAUGGCAUGUGAGUACUUAUCUGUGGAGGUGAUGGAGCGCUGGAUUACUUUGGGAUUCCUGUUGUGCCAUGGCAGUCUGGCAUCAAACGCUGCAUCUCUGGAUCUGUGGAAAAUGGCUUUACGCAGUGGUUUUUAUAUCACACUCAUCAGAGACGAAGUUAUUAAUGUCCACAAACUGUCUGAAGAACAUUUCGACUCCAUCAAAGGUUACAGUAAACGACUUGCUGAUAUUAAAGAGUGUAAAGAACACGCAACGGCCAACUGUGGAGCAAUUCAUCGGGAGAAACGACACUUCCUGAGAAAUGCUUUAAAGGAGCUGACAAAGGUGCUGGAGGAUCAACCAGCUCUGCUUGGACCAAAGGUAUUGUUUGUGUUUAUGGCUCUGUCGUUCUCACGUGAUGAAAUCUGCUGGUUGGUGCGUCAUCAUGAAAAUGUCCCCAAAACUAAAACUCCUGAAGAUUACACUGACGCGCUGAUAGCAGAGCUGCUGUUCUACAUGGAGAGGCUUCGCGCUCUGGUGCAGCGUUACAGUGCCGUUAUUCAGCGCUACCAUCUGCAGUAUCUCUCUCGCUUCGACGCUCUCAUACUCAACGACACCAUACAGAGCAUGGUGGUGUGUCCUGAAGAGGAAUCAGUGCUCAUGACAUCGUUUGUCUCGGAUCUGAGUGCACUCACACUCAAACAGUUGGAGUGUGGUGAUGAACUGGAUUUUAAAGCUCUUAGACUUGACUGGUUACGAUUACAGGCGUACACAAGUGUGUCUAAAGCCCCUUUAGCUCUGAAGGAUUACACUGAUCUCGCUAAAAUUAUGAACUUGACGCAGUUUCACACACGAAUGAUGGAUGACUUGGACAAACUUCUCACUGAGACCGCUGAUCUAUCCAUACUUGGGUUUUACCCACGGGUUUGUGAGCGUUUGUUCUCUCUGAGCAGUGAAGAUGCAUCGAUGCACAGGUUCCUGAUGGCCUUCCCAAUGACCUGCUCUCACUUCAACCACUGCACACACACAUUGUGUCCUGAAGAGGCAGAGCUGAUGGAGAAACACACUCUGAGGUUGUGUGUGAUGUUCCUGGAGCAGAUCGCUAAUCAGACAUGUUCAGUGUUUCUGGACCUUUCUGCUGAACACAGUAACCUGCAUGAACAGUUAUUGCCAAAACACUCUGUGCAGACCAUCAGUACUGCACGCAACAAGAAACUGAAAAAACCUCCACCAAAGAAAGGAGAGACAGUGAAAAACAAACCAGGAGCUGAAAGUCAGAGAAAGAACAGAUCUGUUAUGACCACGAUGGAUAAGCUGCAUGUAGCUCUGACUGAGCUCGGCUCCUCGUACAGUGUGUGUUCAGAAUUCAGUGUGUUUAAACACCUCAUAGUUCCUGCAGAGUUCCUCAUCACACAGCUGGAACUGCGCCUCAGCAAGGUCAUUGUGCGUUUGGUAAACUUUAACCCAAAUACGCGUGAGAUCUGUCGUCCCUCAGAGCUGCUGGCGCUGAUCGAGUCCUACAUGACAAGUUUACACACACUGAGCACCUUCAUCAACAUCGAUGUCAGCCGCGUCAUGAAGAGCGUUCUGCUGCAACACACACACCCACUUGACGCACACGGCACACACACCAUCACCACGCUCUACACAAACUGGUAUUUGGAGAGUUUGUUGCGGCAGGCGAGUGGAGGCGUCAUCAUUCACUGUCCCACAAUGCACUGCUUCAUCAAUCUCAGUGUGGAGAACGAACACAGCUUCAGAGCCCAGGAGUACUCAGACAUCUGCGAGUUGCGUGCUCUGGCAGAACUGAUUGGUCCGUAUGGAAUGAAGUUUCUAGGAGAGAAUCUGAUGUGGCACAUCACAUCUCAGAUCUCAGAGCUCAAGAAGCUGGUGUUUGAGAACAUGGAUGUUUUGGUGCAGAUCCGAGCAAAUUUUGAUAACCCUGACAUCACAAGCAACCUUCAGAAGAGACUCACAGGCUGUGAGAACGUGCUGAAGCGUUUGACCAUCAUCGGAGUGAUUCUGUCGUUUCGCACCAUGGCUCAGGAAGCGCUGGAGGAGGUGAUGCACAAACACUGUCCAUUCCUGAUGGGACCCAUCGAAUGUGUAAAAGACCUGAUCAACCCUGACACCGACAUCAAGGUGGUGUUGGGUGUGUAUGAGCUGGCGUGUUCUGCUGGAGUGCAGUGUGAUAUCGACUCGGCCCUCGUUACUGCCAUCGCUAACAUGCGCUCAGACAAUGCCUCAGUGGAGGAGGAAUAUAAACUAGCGUGUCUGCUGCUGGUGUUCGCUGCUGUCUCACUGCCCAUUCUCGCCAUCGACCCCAACUCAUUCUACAGCCGAGAACAUGGAGGUCACCAAAACAACAUCCACUGUCUCGCCUCCGCCAUUAACCACCUCGCUAUUGCCAUGUUCACUGUUCAGAACAAGAACAUCGAACAGCACCUCCGCGAGUUCCUUCAGAUUGCAUCAUCAGCAUUACUGCAGCUUGGAGAGAACGUAGAGAAAGUGGAGAUCAAACACAGAGACUCAGUCUACCUUCUGCUGGACAUGAUAGUGGAACAGUCUCCGUUCCUCAGUCAGGAUGUGUUGGAGAACUGUUUCCCCUACGUGCUGCUGCGUAAUGCCUACAGAGAAGUGCACAAGACUUUCAUACACACAAUGGGAUAAACACACACACGCACACGCAUGCACACACACACACACACACACACACACACACACACACACACACACACACACACACACAAGCUUGUAUUUUAUGUUAUCCAGUUAUAGAUUCAUUAUGAUCACGCCAGGUCAAAGGUCAGGAUAAUAAAUAAUAAUCAAACUGUCACCUUCCUGUUCCUGAGGAACGUGGAGAACACAGAAUACACAGAGAGGUUUACACACACACACACACACACACACACACACACACACACACACACACACACACACACAAACUAACAGCACAUAUGGGGCAAAGAACAAAAAGUGAAAAAAAACCUACAUUAGGGGGCGUCGUGGCUCAGGCGCCAUAUCAUAAAUCCGGGGACCCGGGUUCGAUUCCGACCCGAGGUCAUUUCCCGAUCCCUCCCUGUCUCUCUCUCCCACUCAUUUCCUGUCCUGUCUCUACACUGUCCUAUCCAAUAAAGGUGAAAAAAAGCCCAAAAAAUAUCUUUAAAAAAAACCCCUACAUUAAAGCCGCUAGCGGCCUUGACGGGCCCUCGCACGUGCGGUUCCGCAACCCAGGAGAUUCCGCCACCCAACAAAACAAUCACAUGUCAUAUAUUCAUCAAAUGUUCAAAGGUGAUGUGCAUGUUGCAAAUGCCAUGACCUGCUUGAUGGAUGAGAGAUAGACAGACAAAGACUGUAAAUGUGUGUGUGUGUUUCUGUGGUGUGAAAAUGUACAUUUGUAUAUGUACAAAACUAUACGUGUCUCCACCUUAUCUCCAUCUCACGCUGUAAUCUUAAGUCAUCUUAGCUUUCCUAUAUCUGCACAGUGUGUGUGUGUGUAUGUGUAUGCAUGCAAAGUUUGCAUAUGUCUGCAACAAAAUGCAGAAUGAUGGCAGUAAUAACAAUACAUUAUUCAUUCACAAAGAAAA